AUGUCGCCACUCUUUGGUGCGGACAGUGUGGAGUCUGGCGCCCCCCCGUGGCCGCCGGGAGAACUCGACUCCUGGAGCUCGCCCAGCGCCGACGAGAGCUACGCCCUGAGGCCCCCUCCUGCGCCCUGCAGCCCGGCUGAGACUGCCUGCGCCGAGCCCGUGCCUGCUCCCUGCAGCUGGGCCAAAGGUGCAGAAGAGCAGGGGCAGCAGCAGGGGGCUCUGCUGGACAUGGACCCAGGUGCGGCCCCAGCAGCUGGGAAACGUGCCCGCAAGCUCCGCACGGCUUUCUCCGAGACGCAGAUGACUGCGCUGUGCGAGCGCUACAUGAUCAAGAUGUACCUCACUCCAGCAGAGAUGAAGAGCCUGGCUGACAAAAUCGGACUGUCUUACAAACAGGUUAAGACCUGGUUUCAGAACCGCAGGAUGAAACAAAAGAGGCAGCAGAAGACUCUGACCGAGGGAGAGGAGCAGGUCCCCAGCUCUGGGUACCCCAUUAUUCAGCCUCUCCUCUUGGAGAGCUCCAGCUCUGCGUACCCCAAUAUUCCACCUCUUGCCUUGGUAAGCACUAGCUCUGCUUACACCAAUAUUCAGGCUCAGACAUCGGAAAGCUCUGCGUACCCCAAUGCUCAAGCUGAGGCCUCAGAAAGCUCUCCGUACCCCAGUAUUCAAACUCAGUCAUUCGAAGACUUGGGCUCUGUCUACCCCAACUUUCAAGCUCAGACGUUGGAGAGCCCCACCUCUGUGCACGCCAGUGUUUCACCUCAGACCUCAGAAAGCCCCACUGCUGUGUACCCCAAUGUUUCACCUCAGACCUCAAAAAGCUCCAGUUCGGUGUACCCCAAUAUUUCACUGCAGUUCUCGGUAAACCCCAACUGUCCCUACCCCAAUAUUCCACUUGUCACCUCGGAAAUCCCCAGCUCUCUGUACAACAAUGUUUCACCUAAUAUCUUGGAAGGCCCCAGCUCUGCGUACCCCAAUAUUCCACCGCAGCUGUCCUUUAGAUUCCCAGCCUCCCGCCCCGCGGACCCGCGGGCCGAUCUCCCCACCCUGCUGCCCUGA